AUGCCGGAAAUGUCUGCGCCAAAGAGGAGGAAGAUCAACGAGAGUCACACACCAGUAAAGGUUAAGAGCAACGACCGCGCCUCGAAAAUCGUCAAGCCUAAGCCAUCCAACGCCGCCGUCCCCACACCGAAAGCCUCAACCAAGCCUGAGAAGCCCGCAGUUGAAGAUGAAGACGGAGAAGAAGACGCCGUCGAAGAUGAAGAUAUCUCGGAGCAUAAUGCACAAUCGGCGAUAGAUGCGCGCAAAUCAUUUCAAGAGCUAGGCGUAGUGCCAGAGCUUUGCGACAUGUGCCGCGAACAAGGCUAUACGCACCCCACACCCAUACAAGCAGAAUCAAUACCAGUCGCCUUAGAAGGGAGGGAUAUCAUCGGCCUGGCAGAGACAGGGUCGGGGAAGACCUGUGCUUUCGCGCUACCUGUUCUCCAAGCACUCUUGAACGAGCCGCCAAAACAACAAGCUUAUUUCGGACUGGUCCUUGCCCCGACACGCGAACUGGCUUUCCAGAUCUCUCAGCAGUUCAAGGCGCUUGGUGCGCUUAUUCAAGUUGAAGUCGCCACCAUAGUCGGGGGUAUGGAUAUGACUGCUCAGGCCAUUGCGCUGGCAAAGCGGCCGCAUGUGAUCGUCGCCACGCCGGGACGGUUGCUCGACCAUCUAGAAAACACAAAGGGGUUCUCCUUGAGGAAUCUGCGAUAUCUGGUCAUGGACGAGGCGGACAGAAUCCUUGAUCUCGACUUUGGCCCUGUAAUGGAUAAGAUUCUCAAGGUUCUUCCCCGCGAGAACCGCCACACCUACCUCUUCUCCGCAACCAUGAGCUCCAAACUCGACUCUCUAACGCGCGCCUCCCUGCACAACCCCGUCAAGAUUUCCAUCAGCACCUCUUCCCAUCAAACCGUCUCGACUCUCCUUCAAUCUUUCAUCUUCAUACCCCACAAGCACAAGGACCUCUAUCUUGUACACCUCCUCAACGACUUCUCCGGCCACCCUUGUAUCGUCUUUACGCGCACUGUGAAUGAGACGCAGCGGCUAGCUUUUCUCUUGCGGAAUCUAGGCUUCGGCGCCAUCCCGAUCCACGGCCAGCUCAGCCAGAAUGCACGGCUGGCUGCCUUGGGCAAAUUCAAGGACCGCUCGAGAAAUGUACUCAUCGCUACGGACGUUGCGGCGAGAGGGCUGGAUAUUCAUAACGUGGACUUGGUGGUGAACUAUGACUUGCCUUCAGACAGCAAAACCUACGUCCAUAGAGUCGGCCGAACAGCCAGAGCAGGCAAGUCCGGCAAGGCCGUUUCGCUGGUUACGCAGUACGAUGUUGAGAUAUGGAUGCGAAUUGAAAACGCCCUAGGCAAGAAGCUGGAGGAAUACCAGGUCGUCAAGGACGAGGUUAUGGUCUUGAGUGAGAGCGUCGGAGAGGCGCAGCGGAGAGCAAUCAGGGAGCUGAAGGAUAUGCAAGAGAAUGGGAUGGGUAGACACAGGAGUAGAAAGGGGCCGGUGGGGAAGAAAGGGAAGAGAGGGAGGGACGAGAUGGAUGCGGAAGAGGGAUGA